AUUCUCAGUGACACAGACCAAACGAGCUGUUUUUAAUGUCACUCUGUUGUUGCAUAUGAGUCACAUGUUUGUGUUCAUUGUGUGUUCUUUUUUUUUUAGAAGUGUGUAAGCGAUUACUGCUUUUCUUUGGAUCACCUCCGAUUUGUGGCAGGAAAUCUUCCUGUGGCACACAUUUACAGUGUGUGUGUGUGUGUGUGUGUGUGUGUGUGUGUGUGUGUGUUUUGAAGGCUCUGGGUGAGUGUGUCCAUUCAUCUUACACAUCCAUUUUCAGACCACGCCCCCUCAGCUCAGCAGGUAAAGCUGAGCAUCACAGUGAGUUUCAUUCAACAGGUCAAAGAGGGAAGAAGAAAUGUCCUGCCUGAAGAAUUUCACUGUUGUCAUCUCAUGUGUGCUCCUCUUCAUCAUCCAGCCAGGUCGUGGUUCUGAGAUUAUUAACGGGAAAGAAGUCGAGCCACACUCACUGCCUUUCAUGGCUUAUGUGACAAGUCCAGAUUCUUUCUGUGGGGGGACAUUGAUCCAUCCACAGUGGGUCCUGACAGCUGCCCACUGCACUGGCAUUAAUAAGGUGACGUUGGGAGCACACUCAAUCAAGAAACGGGAAGAAAAUUCUAAACAGAUCCGAGAGGUUGUGACACACGUUCCUCAUCCCGACUACACCAGUGUAGUUCUGGGCAACGACCUCAUGUUGCUCAAGCUCGACAAACCAGCGAAGAAAACCAGGGCAGUCAAAUGUCUCAAGUUACGAGCAGCCAGAGACCCGGCAGCUGGCAGCACGUGUCUGGUGGCCGGAUGGGGAAUAACUGAAAACAACCGAACAUCAGACGUCCUCAUGUCUGUCAAUGUGACUGUGGUGGACAGACAGACGUGCAACUCUCGUGAUUAUUACAACCACAGACCUGAGAUCACCAGAGACAUGAUAUGUGCUGGUUCAGAUGGUACAAACGUCGCUGAUACCUGUCAGGGGGAUUCAGGAGGGCCGCUGUUGUGCGAUGGAGCGCUGGUUGGAGUCACUUCUUUUGGAGCAGGUUGUGGUGUCAUUAAAAAACCUGGAAUCUACUCGUUUGUCUCAAGGAAACAACGAAAGUGGAUCAAGGAAACAUUAAAGUCAGCUUAAAUGUCAUGAAAGCACAGUUUGUGCUAGCUUGCUCACAUUCUGCACAUGGCGGUCCUGUCAUGGUCAUUUCCACUGCAGGAAAGGCGGGAACAUUAACUGGACUGACCUGAACACGUUUUUUAGCCAUUCAGUAUAAAAAAGGCACAGCCACUGUGAUGGUUUAGGGAUGACUGUUGUUCUUUUUAGCUAAAACAACGAUUUGUCCUGAUACAUUUUCUAGUUUUUUCUACUUUCUAAUAAAGCUCGUGGCUCUUCUUUCA